CCCUAACCCUAACCCUAACCCUAACCCUAACCCUAACCCUAACCCUAACCCUAACCCUAACCCUAACCCUAACCCUAACCCUAACCCUAACCCUAACCCUAACCCUAACCCUAACCCUAACCCUAACCCUAACCCUAACCCUAACCCUAACCCUAACCCUAACCCUAACCCUGCUACUUUCUACCAUUUAAUACGGGACAAAAGGAGGGGAGUUCGAGACACCGAUUCCGGUAUUACUCCUCUUCGGCGUCUAAGUCCUCUACGUGAGGGAUUGAGACCAAUAAGGGAGACUGAACUCUCCGGCCGUACGGAAGCGGGGGAUAGCCGGGAAAGCUCCUGCCUAUCUCGUCGCGAAUUGGUCGAUGGCGAACGUAACAUUAUUGGGAAUCGGACAGUUCGUUGGUUCGCACGCGAGCGAUGUGGACCGCAAAAUGCAGCCCAAAAGCUUAUCUCAACCAUGAUGCAACUCUUGCCCGUCUCCGGCUAAUGAUCCGUUAUUGCCAGAGGCGGCUUCCCUGCAUAUCCGUGUUAACACCUGCCAGG